AUGUCAUCAUCCACGCCCUGCGAGUGCGCUAACCUCACCCCACUAAAGCCUGAUUCGAACGCCCUCGGGCUGACCCUAAUGCACGGCUACAUCAUCGCCGGUAUUUUUGCUCUGAUCUUUCUCCUCGCUGUCGUAACAGUCAUCGUGCUCACUUGCUGCUUCCGGCGACGUUCAUCCAACUUCUACGUUUCGCGAAACGCCUGUCACACCAACUCGUCGUUCAUACCAUGGGGUGGCAAGGUGGUGGGGACGAGUCCUUACCAACAGCAGCAGAAAAUGAAGCUGCUGGAGACGGCCCGGAUGCUGCCAGAUGGUGGGGAUAGCUCCGUGAACUAUUCCCCCUCGAGAACAGGUAUGGGCGGUUCGAUGAUUCUCAACCCCAGCGGACACCUCCUAACUUCUGAUGUCCGGAGACAGUCCUACCUUGUGGACGACAGCGGACGCUUAAUGGUUCUGCGGCCGAGCAGCGUAGUGGGUGGACCGCCAGGAGAGCCGGUUCAGAUGCUGUACUUAGGCGGCGGUGCUGCUGGCAGCACCAUAUCACCUGUUCCAGCAGUAGGCCACGUUCCUGCCUCCUCAACGAUGACUCGUCGAAGUUUCCUGGAUCCAUCAAUUCAUCACAAGUCAUCCUAUGGCGCCAACCCCAUAACACCCCAGCACCUCUCUCAGGCGCACCUUGUGACGACACCCGGCGCCUACCACCGCCCUGGCUCUUCCAACACCAUGACCUCCGAUCGCAUCUCUCUUGGGUCUGGUUCGGACCAAUUUUCGGUUCAGAGUGGGGGACAAAGGCAGCCACAACAGCACCAACAGCAGCAACAACCUGUGCUGCUGCCUCCGCAAACGUCUCAGCAACCCAUUUUCUAUGUUUACCCGCAAUCGGCGGCUUGUGUCAGGCGUUCGCAAGUCAUCCAACCCCACCACGUUCCUCCCGAAGCGAUUACGCCACUGUUCUAUCGAUCGAGAAACAGUGUGGGCAACCUCUCAGCUUCAGGCCGGACGGAUUUCAGAGAUCAGCGCCUGAGCCUGUUUGGAAUCGUCGGGCUGAAUGGCACCAAUCAAGUAAUCCCACUGCAAGCACUCUCGAAUGGGUCGAUGCGUCCAGCUUCCUCCCUUAACCUCGUUCCGGGGACUCGCCCUCCCCCGCCCGCCUCGCCCCCCACCGUCCAGUCGCGGCCCUACUGGGCGGAGUCAACGCUCUCACUUCUUCCCCCGAUCCCCCCGCCAUCGACUGCCAAUCAGAACGGCCGAGCCUCCCUGUACCGCAAAGCGGUUCAUGCCUGCACAAGCAACGCUGAUCUCCGUCGCUCCAGUCGCCUUGGAAAGCAGAGGAAUUCCCUCGCUGCGGAUGGUGCUUCUCAACCGAAAUUGGCCAUGCAAAGACCCUUAUCUGUUUGCACCCCGUUAAUACUGCCUGCGGGCAGUGGAGAGGCUUGUAGCGAAGGCGCGCAUUGGGAGCAACAGAACGGUUCCCCUUCGUCAAGUGCUUUUGUGAUCGCUGAACCCAGGGGACUGCAAAAGUUCCCUGCCUCUAAAAGACCCUCCCCUCCUCGUCGUGACUCCUCUUCUAAUGCCGUCCCUCCGGUUCAGUCUUCUGCCACCCCAGACGGGGUCGUACGCUCCCCGACCGACGGAACUCUUAAACCGACCUCGCGUGGCAUGGGGGAUGGAGAAGAGCCAUCUUCACAGACAUUCAAAACCAACGGUCUCACGCCCCGACCCAAGCCGCCUAAUGUACUCAUGGUUAAUGGAGACGAUCCAGCUAAAAACGACCAACUCAAAUCCACUGCCGAUAGUACAAACGUUCGGAAACCUCUGCUAGACACCACCGAAGAAACCCCGACUGGCACUCCCAAAAAUCAGCAAUAA